AUGCAAGUAGCUCACGAUCUUUCAGAUUUCCAGGACGGUAAAGAACGCAUUUUAGUUUUAAAAGAUUCGAGCAUUCUCGAAAACGAAGAAGAAGGUGAUCAGCUGGUUUCUAUACAGAUUGAAGAACAACAAAGACUCAAAAAGAAUUUAGAAAAUAAAAAGAAGAAACCUAUUUAUACUGGUUAUGAUGACGAAGAAUUUAAUUUUUGUGGAGGAGAAGUUUCUAAAAAGAAUAUCUUAUCACAUUAUGAUGAGGAAAUCGAAGGAAAUAAGAGAACUGGUUUCAUGUUGGGUAGUGACGGUACUGUUCAAUUAAAUGAAGAUGAGCGAAGGAAUGAAGUAGCGGAGAGAUUAAAGUCGAGACCGAUUUCUUUGUCUUACGAUAAGAUGAUUGAAGUUAAAGAUUAUUAUACUAGAGAAGAAGCCGAAGUCACUUUCAAGAAACCAAAAGUAUGUCAUAUACCAUUUAAUUUAUUUUUUAAAAGAGAAACCAAAAAUUCAUUAACCAAAGUUAACAUCAAACAAAUUAUAAAUGAUCCUAAUACAAUGGAAAUCGAUAAUUCACCUUCUGUAGUAGUAUCGAACCAAGUUAGAAGACGAGAAAGUUUCAAUGAUGUUAGCUUUGUCGAUGAUGAUGACCUUCAACAAGCUUUGUCAAGGGCGAGAAAAAUGGCAACAAAAAAAGUUGCAAAGAUGAGUGUUGAAGAAAUUGCCAGAAAUUUGACAGAAAUUAAGGAAGAGCCUAAUGAAGAUGAUGAGAUGCCUGGCGAAGGAUUAGUUAUUUCUGACACAUCAGAAUUUGUUAGAUCGCUUAUCGUUGCUCCAACAAUAACCAAACCUGUCGAGGCUGAACCAAAACCAGUUCAACCGGUCCAACUAGAGCCGGGCGGUUGGAAAGAAGCAGGCAAUGUAGAGGAUAGUGAUAUGGCUAAUAUUCAAGAUGAACCAAAAUUGACCGGUGUAGUUGAAGAAGAGCCUUUGGUUAGUAGUGGGAUGGCAGCGACAUUGGCCCUUUUACAACAGAAAGGUUUUUCAAUUAAACCAAAUGAAGAACAACUUGAAAAAGAACGAUAUCGCGGUGGUGGUCGAGAUAAUGAAACCAGUUAUCGAGAUCGUGAGCACUUGCGAGAAAUGGAAGCAAGAUUCAGAGAUUAUAAACCAGAUAUUAAUUUGGAAUAUGUUGAUGAGUUUGGUAAUCAACUAACACCAAAAGAAGCUUUUCGACAAUUGUCUCACAAAUUUCAUGGAAAAUCUUCAGGAAAAGCCAAGACGGAGAAACGUCUCAAGAAGCUUGAAGAAGAACGUAAGCUAAAAGCCAUGAGCAGUAUUGAUACGCCAUUGAAUAUGGCAACAGCUUUGCAAGAGAGACAAAAGGCUAGCGGAAGUGCACAUGUUGUAUUAUCUGUUGGUAAUCGAGCGGUGGUUCCUCCAAGCAUGGUAAAUAACAAUGGAAAAUCCUCAGGGUCGUCCAAGGCGUCAGGAACUACUUCAAUUAAUGGUCCAAGUAUUAUAACAGUUAAUGGUGGAUUGACGGGUCAAAGUAUGAAUGCUCCUGAAAGAGAAAAGGUAACGUUUGGAUUGAAGCGAAAGGCUGAACAAGAUUUAGAGAAACCACCCAAGAAAUCCAAGGAUCAUGAUAAAACAUACUACGCUGCGGUUGAAGAACUAUGCGCUAAUUAUAUUGUACAAUUCGGUGCUCCGCAUGAUAUCUUUUCAUCAUCUUGCACGAUUCUUAAGGCAAAGCUAUUUGUUGAUGGUCAAUGGGAUCACACUUGUAUGCCACUUCAAAAAUCGAGAGUCAAAGGGAGUAAAGAUGGAUUUUUCGAUGAACAACGAUGUAAAAAUUUGUUUAAAUUUGAUGUCACAAAUUGGAUAGAUGAUGAUUCUAGGGGGGAAGCGCGAUUUGUAAGAUCAAGAUUUGGAGGAAUUGGAGCCAUCUCCGUUUACUUUUAUAAAGCUAAAGAUUUGGAGAAAGUUGAAAGAAUAAAUAGUAAUAGCAAAGAUAGAAUACAAAAAGUGCAAGUUCUUGAAUCAACCGGAAUUGGAAUGGGGAUAAAACUUUCUACAGGAUUUGAAAAAAGUCAAAACGUCAAAGUGGCCUCGAACAAAAUGUUAAGUAGUUUAUCAACAAUACCGGUGGCUGUUUUACACAUUCAUUAUCGACCAGAAAGUUGGCUACGUGCGAGAAAUAUUCUUUUUGAUGACAUCCAGAUAAAGAGUGAGAUUGGUAUUGAGUAUGAAUUCAACAAUAUCAAGAAUGAGAGUGUGAUUAAACAUGAAUUUGGGGAUUUUAAGUCUAAAGACAAUAAUGAAGAGUGUAAGAUUUUAAUUAAAAGAGAUUUCGCAAGUAUUGAAGAAAGAAAACAGGAAGGAAAUAAUGAUAAUGGAGUAAAUUCAGACGUGAUGAACAAACGAUUUAAAGAAGAUGCGAAGCCUGAAAAAGAUUAUUUAAAGAAGUACAAGACAUUAUCGGUAGCGAGACAUGAAAUUGAUGUAAUAUUGCUGAAACAGAGAAGAUUGGAACGUGAAAAUGGCGUUAAAAAUAAUAUCUUGUUAAAAUUAAAGAGAUAA